AUGAGUGAACUAGGGUUAAUGAAGAUUAGGCUACAUUAUGGAGGCGUUAUGGAGCAUAAAGAUAACGACUUUCAGUAUCGGGGAGGAUUAGUGAAUAAAGACAUUGCUAUCGAUCCAGAUUACAUGACGUGGUGUAUGUUCGAAGGAUUCUGUGAAGACAAUGGGUCAAACGGGAAGGUGAAACACGUCUGGUACAAGCUUCCACAAGAAUCUAUGGAGUCGGUGAAAGUGAUUUUGGGACUUUCUUCAGAUGCUUCUAUUAAUCAGAUGUGUUGUGAAGCUAUGAAUGUAGGUGGAGUAGAUAUCUACAUUGAGCAGAGUGUUGGUGAACAGGUUCCGGAGAAUGGUGAAGAAGAUAGAGGUGAAGAAGACAGCGGUGAAGAAGAGAGAGACGAGGAAGCUCAGAACAAUGGGGAAUCGUCCAAUGCUCGUGAUGAGGUUGAGGAAGAAGUCAUCGAAGAAGCAGAAGAUAUUCCAUUUCAGUCACUCUUUGGAGAUAACCAUGAUGAUGAAGUUAGAGGUGCCACUAGUGAGGAAGUUAGAGAUGCCGAUAAUGAGGAGAUUAGAGGUGCAGGUUGUGAUGAUGAUGAAGAAGAAUUGGAGAGGCAAUUAAAGGAUAAUGAACAUCCGGCUCAUGCUGUUGACACUGAUGAUGAGUGGGAUUAUUUCAAUCGACAGGAAAAGACAUUCAAGAGCGGAGAAGAGUUCAAAGACCAGCUAUUGCGCUAUGUUUUGAAGACAAAUUUCGAUGUGAAGCUUUGCCGAUGGGAGAAAACAAAGCUGGGAGCCAUUUGUACAAAGGAAAAUUGCGAGUGGAAGAUUUAUUGCUCUGUUGAGAAGCCAAAGGGGAAGUGGAUGGUGAAAUCUUAUGUGGAUAAACAUAAUCAUCUGAAGAGUAGUAAAGCAAGGAUGUUGAAGCAGGGUACAAUUGCAAGGAUGUACAAGGAUGAAGCAAGAAGAAGACCUGGUAUUAAGUGGACUGACAUCAAGGAUGAGAUAAUGAUGAGAGAGCAAUUUUCCAAGCUGUGGGAUUAUGAGAGGGAGCUUCAGCGUUCAAAUGAGAAUACGAAGACUGAGAUUGUGACUAUUCCUCGUGACGAUGGUAAGGUUGUCUUCGACAGAUUCUACUUUUGUUUUGAGAAUCUGAGGAACACAUGGAAGAAUUGUUGUCGGUCUAUUAUAGGACUUGAUGGUGCAUUUAUGAAAUGGGAGUUAAAGGGUGAGAUUCUUGCAGCUGUUGGUCGAGAUGCAGAUAAUAGAAUUUAUCCUAUAGCGUGGGCAAUAGUUAGAGUGGAAGAUAAUGCUUCAUGGGCUUGGUUUGUUGAUAAGUUGAAGGCUGAUUUGGAUUUGGGGUUAGGCAAUGGAUUCACUAUCAUAUCUGACAAGCAGAAAGGUUUGAUAAAUGCUGUUGCAGACCUUCUACCCGAGUCAGAGCAUAGACAUUGUGCUAGACACAUUUUUGCAAAUUGGAGGAAGGUUUAUAGUGCGUCAGAGUAUGAAGAUUAUUUCUGGGCAAUUGCAUACAGCUUCACGAAUGGUGAUUAUCAGAUCAAUUUGAAGGCUUUAGAAGUGUUCGACGCAAAGGCACAUGAGGACUUGCUGAAGACAGAACCGAAGACAUGGUGUAGAGCAUUUUUCAGUAGACAUGCACGAUGCGAAGAUGUGUGUAACAACCUCUCAGAAAGCUUCAACAGAACAAUCAAAGAUGCUCGUAAGUUGCCACUGAUUAACAUGCUUGAGGAGAUUAGGAGACUUGCAAUGAAGCGUAACUCUCGAAGGCGUGACAUAACAAGUGGCUGUUCGACUCAGUUUCCACCAAAUAUCAUGGAGAUUUUUGAGCAAAACCGCCAAGCAAGUAACCACUGCACCGUUAUUAAAAGUAGUGAAAGCUUAUAUGAAGUCACUGAGUGGGAUUGUAGCUACGUGGUAUGUCUUCCAGAAAAGCAUUGUGCUUGUAAUCGAUGGGACCUCACCGGGAUACCUUGCCAGCAUGCUAUUUAUGUCAUAAACGAGCAUAACAAAGAACCUGAAGACUUUGUUGAUCCUUACUAUCUGACAUCAAGGUGGCAAGACACCUACGAAAACAACAUAAAACCUGUCAACGGAGAGAGACUGUGGGAGAAGACAGGACGCCCGAAGAAUUAUGAUAGGAUCAAAGAGGCACAUGAGUCAAAGACAAAUCCAACAAAGGUUACAAGAGAAGGAAGAAAGAUGACAUGUAGCAACUGUAAGCAAACAGGUCAUAACUGUGGAACUUGUACUCUACAAGCUGAUCCUGAGCUUCCUAAACGCAAAAGAGGACGGCCAAAAAAGACUGAUGAUCCUUGGAGCAUUCAAAAUGCACCGAAGAGGAGGAAUGCUCAAAGCCAGUCCACACCAAAUCCGGUCAGGACACAACCUUAUGUUGAUCCACAGCCAUCAACUGCUCCAACUGCUCCAACUGCUAGAGGCCGUGGCCGUGGACGGGGACGAGGGAGAGGGCGUGCUCGAGGCCGUGGACGUGAGUGUGUGCCUCCUGUUGCAAGAGAGUCUGGUUGCUAUAUUGCUCCUUACUCUGGUCGUGUAUUUGAGGUAUGGGGGUCUGCUGCUGUGAGUGAUCAGAAUUCACAAGCCUCUCAACAACAACCUGAAGACUCUUAG